AGGAGGGCGGGCGCCAGCCCAGAGCCGCGCUGGGCACCGCGUGGACGCGGACGCUCUCCCGGGCCAGGCGCCCCCAGCGCUCGCUCCACCUGGCGGGAGCACCCAGGCCGGAGCGCGGAGGAUCUGGUCCCGGGGGCGACAUGGUCUCUGCAGCGGCCCCCAGCGUCCUCCUCUCUCUGCUGCUGCUCCUGCGGCCCGUGCCCGCAGCGGCCCACUCUGUGCCCCUGCGGGCCACCUUCCUGGAGGACGUGGCGGGCAGCGGGGAGGCCGAGGGCUCGUCGGCCUCCUCCCCGAGCCUCCCGCCACCUUGGACCCCGGCCCUCAGCCCCACGACGCCGGGACCCCAGCCCACGCUCCUGGCGGGCCCCUCGCCCCCCACCAACCUCCUGGACGGGAUCGUGGACUUCUUCCGCCAGUACGUCAUGCUCAUCGCCGUGGUGGGCUCGCUGGCCUUCCUGCUCAUGUUCAUCGUCUGCGCCGCGCUCGUCACCCGCCAGAAGCACAAGGCCUCGGCCUAUUACCCGUCCUCCUUCCCCAAGAAGAAGUACGUGGACCAGAGUGACCGGGCCGGGGGCCCCCGCGCCUUCAGCGAGGUCCCGGACAGGGCCCCCGACGGCCGGCCCGAGGAGGCCCUGGACUCCUCCCGGCAGCUCCAGGCGGACAUCCUGGCCGCCACCCAGAACCUCAAGUCUCCCGCCAGGGCCGCCCCGGGCGGAGGGGACGGAGCGAGGGUGGCGGAGGGCAGCCAGGGGGUGGAGCAGGACGCCCAGGGGGGACGUGGGGUCCCCGCGCAGGAGCCAGAGGUGCUGGAGGAGCCGUGCUCAGGGGUGGCCAGGGAGGCUCAGGCGGCCGGCGAGGGCCAGGGGGGGCCGGAAGGGUCUCUCUCGGUAGCCCAGGAAGCCCGGGGGCCCGCGGGUCCCCCCGAAAGCCCUUGUGCUUGCAGCAGCGUCCCCCCCAGCAUCUAACGCGCCUCUCAGGCUGCCGGCCCUGACUGUCAGACCCCAGGCCAUCGUCUCCCUGCGGGUGAAAAGGCCUCAGUCCCGCCUGCUUCCUGACACCCCCUCCUUGGCCACCCGGUGCCAAUUCCAGCGUGUCCCGAGUCUACCGCGAGCAGAGACGCUGGUCCCAGGCCCACCCCAGGGGUCUCGCCGAGCUCCGGGCCAUCUGCCUCUGCGGCCCCAAGGGGACACAUCCCACAGCACAGCCCUGAGGAGGAGGAGGAGGAGGAGGGACAUGUCCUUAUUAGAACCACGACAAAAUGGCCCAUGCAAUCAGCCACAUUGAUCGGGAGACAUACCUCACAGGUCCCUUGUGAGAGAGCAGACAUGGCUGCUUUUCUGUCGAGGUAGCAGAGGGAAACAGAAGAGUAGGUGUUUUGGAAGAGGUUGGGUGACAGCCGCUGAGAUGCCCCAGGGCUGGUGGCCCAGGGUGGCCCGGCUGGAAGCAGUAUUUUGGAACUGCAAACGAUGCCAUCCUUUGUGUCCCCCCACCCCUGAAUACUUUAGUGUCACUCUGUCUCUGCUCAGAGCCUCCACGGCAGAAGUGAGCCUGACUAAUCUGGAAGCUUCUGUGAGGCCCCUACACACACCAUGACAGGUCCCUAAACAAGCGUUUCCCAAACUGGGUUCCCUGAGGCGCCCUGAAGAAGCAAGGUUUUGAGGUCAAAUUUGUUGAGGAAACGCUGCUUCUCUAACCACCUCCCCUCCACCCCCGCCACCUUUUUUCCGAGCACUGCAGGGCUCUGACAAGUCCCGCAGGAGAGGCUCCUGCUGAAUUUGGUUUUGCUUAGCUUGUCCCAAACGUCUUUUAACCAAGAAGUCCUUUUUUUUUUCAGCUACAGAGUAAAGUCCUGUAGCACACACUCUGGAAAAUACUGAAUUUUCCCGAAGGGGCCCCCAGGCUUCUGGUUGGCCCAGGGUUAGGGUGUGGGGGGGGUUCAGCCCCCCUUAGGUGCCGUCCAAGCAGCCCCAGCCUUGGGGUGAAUUUCUCAUCUCGCUACUGCUGCUGGGCUGGGGAUCAAUGGCUCGAACCCCUGCUGUCAGGACUCUGAGGGAGCCUGGAAGCUGGGGGGGCUGUGUUUGAGGGGACCUCCACGCUGGGGGAGUCCCAGGGGACAGGGGAGGGUUUGCGAUGUCCACGCAGGUCGUCUGGCAGCCUGUGUCUGCGUACUCAGUUUCUGACAGGGGGCCUGGGCUCCAUCCUGCUUUGGGGAGGCCCUGGGAGGGGGGGUCUGUCCUGUGUCCCUCCAUCUGGGCCCCCCCACCCCCCCCCCCGGCUCUGCACAGCUCUCCGGGUGCUGAGCUGCAGCACACCGGCACAAUAAACCUUUAUUCUGGCCUGA